CCGAGCUUCUCCGCAAUUUCAUCCACCUCGACCAGCUCCAUCUCGUCCACCACCGAUCGGCUUCACAUACUCACCCCAUCAUGGCAUUGGAGCGGAGUGCUCGCCCAAUGGCGCAAUGCCUUCGAUGUACGCGCCAUGAACGAUUAUUAUUACCCAUCCGGUCCUUCAGUACUUCGACGCCAUGCCAGGAUGCCGAAACGGAGCAGAUCAAGCCCGCGCGAGAACUGGACCCAUUAACCGUUUCGACGCCUCGUCUCGAACGAAAGCUGCAACGAGAGCAGGGCAAGAUGCCCAUAGGAUCACGACGGCGAAGACGAGCAAUAGCGAGCAGCGCCAACGUUCCAUUCGAACAGCUCCCCUAUCAAUGUUUCCAGGAGGCUCGCAAGUUCCUGCAGGAAGACAGGGCGGAGAAGCUGGACAUGAUUGCGAGGUAUCGACAACGAAUCGAGAAACUGUCAAAUUCUGUGCCCGUGACCGAGACCGAGAUUGCGUUCAAGGAGAAGUCGCUCCAUGAUAUGAGGCGGAAACUAGAGGCCACAAAGAUUCUGGCUGAUAUCAACGAUCCUAUGGUCAAGAAGCGCUUCGAGGAUGGACAAGGUGACAUGAAUAAGCCCAUCUAUCGUCAUCUGGCCGACAAGAAAUGGCGCUCCUACGAACGCGAUUUACUCAUACAACGUAUCGAGACGAUGUACAUCGUUCCGGAUGUGCUCCCAGAAAUUGACCCCAUCGUGUCAACGAAACUGACAUUUGCCAACCCAAACAACCCUCGAAAGAUCCGGAACGUACAACAUGGCGAAAUUGUUGACACACGGAUAUCCGAACACGCACCCGUCCUCGACAUACAAUCGUUCGAGCGCGGCGAGAAACUCGUCACAAUCGCUGUCGUGAACCCGGAUGUGCCUAAUGUUGAGAUCGACGGCUUCGACAACCGCUGCCACUUUCUCGCCUGCAACGUCCCAAUAUCUCCAACUCAAACCACCGUUGAUCUGGGCAAGCUUCGCUCAGAAGACCAGGUCAUUCUUCCCUGGCUACCGGCAUACUCUCAAGCUGGUCUCCCAUACCAACGCAUGUCAAUCGUCAUCCUCGAACAACCCGCCUCCACCGAUCCCACGCAGAACUUCAUUGACUCUCCUGUCAAGGUCUGCAAGAAAUUUGAUCUUGCCGAAGUCAAGAGUUUGCGGGAUGGAAGGUUUGCGAGGAGAGAAGAUUUCCCAUUGAGAGCGCUGAGGAAGGACCUGCAGUUGAAGGCCAUUGGACUGGAGCUGUUCAGGACAGUAUGGGACGAGGGAACUGCCGGUGUGAUGCGAAGAGCGGGAAUUGUGGGCGAUGAUGUGGAGUUCAAGAGGAAGAGAGUGGAGCCGCUUCCGUAUAAGAGACUGAAGGAAGAGAGGUAUAGAUAGGCGGGCUGAAAGGGUGAGAUGUUGACUGUGACAUGAUAUCAUGGAUCAGUGGGGAUAGAAGUACUACGGAGAGUACAACGGCACUCAGAAGUGUAUAGUGAGUGCUCAAAUGUAUGAAAAGCGUUAAGUUGAGAU